AAUCCACUAUAUAUAUAGGGAGUAUAUCCAUAUAUAUGUUCAAGUUUCAAGAAGAAUUGGUAGAUCUUGUUUCAUCAAGUAAGGUGACAAAAAAUAAACUCCAUGGACUGGUUUUCAUGGCUUUGCAGAACAGGAUUGGACCCCACACUGGUCUAUGAAUACGGUUCAGUCUUUGCCCAGAAUCAGCUUGAGGAAGAAGACAUUCCCCACUUCAACCAUGAAUUCCUCCAGAGCAUGGGAAUCUCCAUAGCCAAACACAGGCUUGAAAUCCUCAAGCUCGCCGCCAAGAACAAGCGCCGCCGCACUAAACCCAUCUCCCGGCGGCUUCUUCUCGCCGUCAAACGCACCGGGAACUUUCUCUUUCAGUACUUUCGCCGUCUCAGCGAAGACUCUGCUCUCGCCAUUGUUCCUGCAAAAACAGAGCAGAAAGCAGAGAAGAAGAAGAGGAGGAAGAAGAAGAUGACGAUGAAGAAGAAGAAGAUGAAGAAGAAGAACGAUUCUACGUUGUUGCUGAUGUCUUGUAGUCCGAGGAUUAGCAGUAGCUUUUCUGGGCAAAUGGUUUGUGAUCAGAUGAAGAAGAAGAAGGUCAACAAUGGCGGAGGAGGAGGAGGAGGAGAUUGUUGGCCGUCUUCCAAGGUUGAAGAAGCAGAGAUCAGAUGGGAUGCCAUGUUCAAGAACUUGAAGCCAACUUGAAAAGGGUGUGAUUCUUGAUUGGUUGAUGAAGAAAUUAAGGUGAAUUUAUUUCUUUUCUUUCUUGUGUAUUUUAACAUCAUUUAGGUAUAGAAAAAACUCAUCAAAAAACCGGAGGUCGAUCUCGGGGAGAGGACGGGUCCCGGGUUUUUUCGGGUC